AUGAAUAUGUAAAUGUAGCGCACAUGGAGGUCCAGGUGAAUAGGAUAGGGUUUCAUACAAAGUGCAUCUUUUGCCCUCCCCACUCAUGGAACUGCACGUGAAGGAAACUCAGACAUUGGACAGAGAUUUUAGGAGGACCUAUUUCUGAUCGGGAAUGACAACGAAGUCUACGUGUGUUGAUAUGGCAUUGGGAACGCCGGGAAGUACAGUAAAAGUGAGACGCCGGUUGGACUUCGUGAAGAAACCGCUAGAGGGCGAGUCGCUGUACUUGGACUUGCCCGGGUACAGAAAUGCAAAAGAGUUGGAAGGAGACCUGAAGUUUCUGGGUGCCCGAAUUGAGACAUUUCUCACCAGAGAUAUUUCUUACGUCGUAACAAACCGAAAAGAAGCUCUGACGGUGAGACCUGAUGGCGGCCCGUCCAGUCCCAGUCCGUACCUCAGCCCCAGCCCCAGCCCCAGUCCCGGGGGAGACGAGGGACCCCAGGGGAGGAGACUUUCCAACGUGCCGCUAACCAGGGGGCAGGCGCUCCUACAAAAAGCCCAGGGCCGCGGACGCCGUGGGAGCUGUAACAUGUUGAGUCUGGCGCAGGAGUGGGGAGUGAAGGUUCUGUACGUGCGGGACGUCACGGCCAAGGUGCAGCGCCUCAUGGAGAAGCACCGCCUCCUAGCGGAGAGCGAAGAAAACGCAGCCUGCCCCGCGUUGAACGCCGACGUGAAACCGAAGCGGCUUAGACCGCCUUUUAUCAAAGUGGAGGAUAUGUCCAGGCUUUAUAGACCUCUUCAUCACGAGUUCUCCUCCUUCCCUCGUAUCUACUUUGACGCCGACAACGACUGUCCAUUCGACGCCCCCUGUCACCGUUUGCCGUCCCGUCCAAGCUGUUCUCUCAAGUUAAAGCCUCAAACCCCAGCCACCGCCACGAAGCCGGACGUCCAGAAAGGCUACUGUGAGUGCUGUGAAGUCUACUAUCAAGAGGGGCUAUCACUGCAUCUGAAGGGGGACAAGCACCAGUCUUUUGUUCGAGACAGUGGGAACUUUGUUAAACUUGACUCUCUGCUCGUAACGCUACCUUCUUUGGACGAAUUCUUUAAGAAAGUUGUGGAGGAAAACCCACAAGACGAAGACAUGACGGCACAAGAGGAACAGAUGUCGAUUAGUCCAGCUGUGAUGGAAGAAAUUACAGAGAAACCACCACGGUCCAGUACCGAAGGCAGUGAUGACGUGUUUCUGUUGUCCGAUGUUGGAGACGAACAGGCGCAUGUGCAGAGCUUUCAACAGCCCACCAACCAGGUGACAGACCAGAAAACAGAACGUCCUAACCACGAAGGAGACAACAUAACAUUCAAUGCAUCUAACAAACCACCAAAGGAAGAGAUCCGAAACGACAAAAAGUCGAAUAAAGAUGAGUUGUUUCCAGUUGUUGUUUUAAGUCCGAUGCCUAAUUUUAGGUCUUCAAGACAAAGUGGGAAUUCAACAUCCACGCAAAGAAGAGAUAGCACUUUCGAAAACAGAAGAUGUACAAGUAUCAGAGGCGAAAUGAAAUGCGACGCCGUUAAGGAGGAACAGGGACUUAUGACUGACAAGUAUAACAGCAAUGAUGAAGGUGAUGACCAGUCACAUUAUAGGCCAGAGGUUAUCAGCAUCUCUUCUUCCUCUUCCUUUUCCAUUGGUGCAUCCUCCUCUUCCCACCUCUCCUCAUCUACAUCUUCUUAUCAUUCAUCUGACAAUGAAACAUCAUCAACAUCCGAUUCAGUCGUUGACAGCAGGACCAUCGCACCAUCUAAUGACGUCACUUUGAAUGACGUCACUUUGAAGGUGACCAACAAGGAUUCGCAAGAUAUAGAUGUGCAAGAUCAGCACCAAUCAGUACAUUAUCAUCAAAAGGUACGAGAUGAAGUACAACUCCAAUCAGUACAAGUUAGUAAUAUGAUAACGAACGGAUGUCAAAACAGCACGGACGUUACAUCAAACACAAACAGCUUCACAGAAAGUACCAGUAGUUCGAGUGAGGCUGGGGACUUAUCAUCAAUUUCAAGUUCUUCUUCUUCGUCCUCGAGUUCAGUUCGACCCAAUCGCCGAAGAAGGGCUUGUUCUGCAGUACUUGAAAGUACAUCGUCGUCUUCGUAUCAAGAUAACAGCCUCAGCUCACCACAAACCAAGAUUUCUACCAUAAAAGGCAACUGCGCAGUCUUUAGCGAUACAAGAGACGCCAAACAACACAAGAUGACAACAUGUUGUGAUCCUAGCGCUGCAAGGGAACGUACGCGUUUACAAGAGCGCUCUCUAGCAACUUUAGGUAGUACUGCAGCUUGGGCCGUGGCGCAGUCGGAUGACUUGGCCCUACGAUUGUGCAAGGCCAAAACAGGUGAUAUGGACGAGUUUGUUUCACCCCCGGACACAGAUCGAGAAUGGUCAGUAGUAGAAAGAUCUGGAAAUCUCAGAGUCAAGUUACAGCGAAGUUCUUGCCGAGCGAAAACACCCAGGAGUGCUCACCGAGCCAGUGAGUUACAAUGGAGCGUGCACAGGUCGGGCGACUGUAAACUAACUUUCUCUGGAUCCCUCAGAAAACAACAAAGAAGACCAGGGAUGGAUAGUCCACAAACCGACAGAAACUUUGGUAGCAGAAGGAAGCUGAAGUAUCUCUAAGAGAAAGUAUUCUCAGUGGCGAUAUAUUACACAGCCACAAGUGGUACCAGAUUUUAACAAUGUUUAUGAAAGUGUUUUACAUGUACAAGAAGACUUCUGAUCAAAUGUUAAAUUAUCAAUAAAGACAUGUAAUAUUUCAA